CGAAUUAAGAACUAUAUCUGACGAAGCAUUUGAACGUCAACUGAGGAACUUUUUAUUGAAUAACACAUUAUAUUCAGUGGACGAAUACAUGGAAUUAAAAUUGAAAUAACUAUUUGACAUUAUACUUAGCUUAUGUAAAAUUGAUUGACAUUCGUUCUGAACUUAUUACCUAUGAUUACCGCUCUUAGUUUUAGUAUGACGAUCAUUAUGAUAUAUUAGACAUGUAUUUUGUUAUUUAUUGAGUUUUUUUCAAUUUGACGAUUGUUCUCAAAUUUCUUUUUAAAUUAUAUAUUUGUAAUUUGAUUAUCAUUGUUGACAUUGUAUAAUUACGUUUGCAUGCUAAAUUAUUGACGAUCAUAAUGUAAAUUCAUAUACUGUGUGUUACUGACCAUGGGGCUUUAAAUCCAGGGCUCGAUUCUACUCGCUAAACUGAGCUACUUUUACUAUGGCACCAACCCCGAAAUCCCGAAAAAAUUUUUUACUUUUUCAUACAUUUUGGCUGAUCAGAUGUCGACGUUUUAAAUGGAAAAGCCAAAAAUUUUUCCCCGAUUUUAGGGUUGGUCCCAUAGUAAAAGUAGCUCAGUUUAGCGAGUAAAAUCAAGCCCUGGAUUUAAAGCCCCAUGGUCAGACACACCAUGUAGAUUAGCGUAAGAAUAAUGUAUACUGUAAUUUAUCAUUAUGAAAUAAAUAAACUAAACUAAACUAAGACAUUAUUUUUUUACACAUUUUUAUCACGGUCAAUUUCCAUGAAAUAAAUCACACGGGCACCAUCGAAAUCCUGUUAUCAUCAGAGUAUCUUCGUAAGAAGUGCCAUCUCUGGAACGUACCUACGUAAAAUCCUGUUAUCAUCAGAGUAUCUUCGUAAGAAGUGCCAUCUCUGGAACAUGCCUACGCAAAAUCCUGUUAUCAUCAGAGUAUCAUCGUAAGAAGUGCCAUCUCUGGAACGUACCUACGUAAAAUCCUGUUAUCAUCAGAGUAUCUUCGUAAGAAGUGCCAUCUCUGGAACGUGCCUACGUAAAAUCCUGUUAUCAUCAGAGUAUCUUCGUAAGAAGUGCCAUCUCUGGAACGUACCUACGUAAAAUCCUGUUAUCAUCAGAGUAUCUUCGUAAGAAGUGCCAUCAUUGGAACGUACCUACGUAAAAUCCUGAUAUCAUCAGAGUAUCUUCGUAAGAAGUGCCAUCCCUGGAACCUUUACUUUGAACAAAUCAACACAAAAACGACUAAAAUAGACUUGGCUGAAGAGGAUAUGCUCCUAUUCUGGAAACGAUCAAGCGGGCCGAAAUGCAAGCCGUUCACAGUGUUCAAGGUCGACUGUAACCACUGCGUCUGCGCCGCCGACGGCACUUCUUCCUGCACCAGAAUGGAUUGCAGACGUUUGGAUACUAAAAAAAGGCGCAAAUCUAAAUUAAGACCGAAAAAACAAGAAUACUACACCGAUGACAGUGAUGCUGAUGACAGUGUACAAUCAAAAUAAACUGGUUUUAGUUAAAUUAUAAAAUAGAUAUUAAAAAAUGUGUUGUUCAGUAAACAAAUAUUUUUUGUUUAAAGAAG